AUGGCGCCAGGACUCGUAGAACCCCAAUACACACCGAGCAGUGCUCCCACCACAACACCCAAGCAACCAGCCAAGUCUGUCAACGCCCACAACUACAUCCCAGGACGGACAACCGUCCAACAGCAUGACGAAACAUACGAGUACGAAGACCUCCGGCCAAGCUUCCCAGCCAUCCAAUGGCCAGCCUACACCGAGAUCCCUUACUCAGACAAGGGCCAGCUCGGCGACCCAAACUUCAAGAACCUCCUCGCAUCCGCAUCAAACGUCUUCGACUACAACCCCAAGAUCGGGACAGAGAUCCACGGCAUUGAUCUAGCCAACAUCACAGACGCGCAGAAGAACGACCUCGCGCGGUUGAUCGCCACAAGGGGCGUUGUAUUCUUCCGCAAUCAGAAGAACUUCGGCAUCGAGGAGCAGCGCCGUCUCGGCCAGUACUUCGGCGAACUCCACCAACACGCCACCACAGCGGUGCCGCGACGAGAAGGGCUAGAAGACGUGCACGUCGUGUACACAGGGGAGAAUAGCCCCGAUCUCCGCGCGCUAUUCACACCCACCUUCCUAUGGCACUCCGACGUAACAUACGAACUCCAACCCCCCUCCUACACCUGCCUCAAAGUCCUGACCGGCCCCCCCCUCGGCGGCGGCGGCGACACCCUCUGGUCCUCCCAAUACGCCGCCUACGACAUGCUCUCGCCCCACAUGCAAACCUACCUCGAAUCCCUCACCGCGCUGCACUCCGCCGACCUACAAGCCCAAGGCACGCGCGACCUGGGCCGCACCGUGCGCCGCGAGCCCGUCACCACCGAGCACCCGCUCGUGCGCACCAACCCCGUUACCGGCUGGAAGAGCAUCUUCUUCAACCCUGGGUUUGUGACGAAAAUCGUCGGCGUGCCCAAGACGGAGAGCGAUCAUGUUAUUGCGCUGUUGAAUGAGAUUGUGGCGACGAGCCCGGAGGUGCAUGUUAGGUUUCAGUGGGGGGCGGGGGAUGUCGCGUUUUGGGAUAAUAGGGUUAGCAAUCACUCCGCGACUUAUGGCUUCGCGCCGCAUCGCCGCCAUGCGGUUAGAGUGGCGGUGCGCGCUGAACGCCCGUAUCUCGACCCGAAGAGUGGGAGUCAGGAAGAUGAGUUGAGCGCGCGGUAUGGUGUGCCUAAGGCGAAUAAAGAUGGGAGCGGGGUUGUGAAUUACAACGAUUGA